AUGGAUUUGUUUAGAGGAACACUUAAACCUGUGCAAAAAGUUUUGGAAGAUGCAGAUAGGAAGAAGGAUGACAUUCAUGAAAUUGUUUUGAUUGAUGGUUCAACAAGAAUUCCAAAAAUUCAACACUUGUUGAAAGACUUUUUCAAUGGAAAAGAAGAUCGUGUUAUUAAUCCAGGUUUAACUUUUGUUUUUUCUAUUGUUUGGGUAAGAUUGGUGUUGAAUAUACUCAACCCCAAGGAUGCUGGACGUUUUUAA